AUGGCGCGCUGGGUGGGCUUUCUUCUGAUCGCCCUUGCAGCCGGGCUCCGGUCGAAGAGCGAUGCAAUUUGGCCCUGGGAGGAGCGCCCGGCGAGCACGGCCGAGGCCGAGGAGCUUCAGGAGCUCCUGAGAACUUUGCUGGCGGAGACCAACUCAGCUGAGGCCACGAGGGAAGGGCCCCGCGAUGCCGAGGCGCAAGAGCGGACGCUUCGAGAGCGGAUUGACCGCAUCAGGAAGGACUGGCAGAGCCCCAGCGCAACCGCUUGCCAUCAGCAGCUGGGGCGGUUGAUGAACAGCCUCACCAUUGAAUGUGGUGGCUUACAGCCGAAAGCCGAUUGGCUUCUCGACUACUAUGUGCCGGCCCUUCCGAACAAGACCUGUGACGAGAGCGUCAGCGACAUCUUCGCGUUAGGAGACGAACUGGUGGAAACCCUCCGCGUCUCCAGAGAUGCUGUAGCCUCCUUGGAUGUGGACGGCAAGACGCUCCGUCGAUAUCAAGCGCUCUCCUUUCUUAGGAGCUGGCUGGUGAAGCUGACUGAGACUCGUCAUCAUGCAUUGCUUUGGGCCGGCUUCUGGGAUGGGGACCCCGAGAACCGCACGACCAUGACGAAGCUUUCCAACUUUGCCAAGGAAAUAGAGCACGCGACCGUGCACCCCACCACCUUCUUGGGACGAGCCAUCGAGGCGAGCGAGAACCUCGACGCCUGCUACAAGGACCCCCAGACCAGUGCGCUUGCAGCCAACAUGUGGUCAAUUGCCAGCAUGAGCUUCGUGCUCGGGAUGCGCGACAAGGCACAGGGAACGGUCAUCGCACUGGUCAACAAGCAGAUCACGGGCGAGCGUAACUUGGUCAGAGUUCGUGCUGUCCACGCAUGA